AUGCCUCCGCUCGCCCAGGAAUCGGCGCGCUUCAAGAGACCGCCUCGCGAUGCGUCCCUGCCGCAGCCGUCGCGUCCGUCGCUGCCGGACGGCUUCGAGUCGGACGACGGCGCGAGGAGCGACGGCGGCGCGAGAAGCGACGUCGACGCGUGGAGCGACAGCGACGUGAGGAGCGACGACGAGCGGUGGGCGGAGGGCCUGCUGGACAUCAGCAGCGCGGCGGACGACGCAUCGCCACCCGCCUCGGUCUCCGCCGCCAGCCAAUCCGCCAAGUUCCGCUGCCUGCAGUGCGGCAGCUCCGCGCAUCCUUCGUGGCUCUGCGAUGCCCCUCCGCCAGCCGCUCGCUGCGCGCACUGCUCCGCCAAGGAGAAGGGUAAGCGCCCCCUGCCAUGCUCGGACGUCGCCACCGCUCUGAACCGCAUCACGUCGUGUCGUCCGACGGCGGACGUCGCCGGCAUGCACGCUGCGAUCGACGAUUUGCAGCGCGCCGGCCAUCGCCCGCCUCUGGAGGCGUUUUCGCAGGUAAUUGCGGCGCAUGCCACGCUGGGGGAGCCGGAGAAGGCGGAAGCGGUGUUGGCGGAGAUGGAAGCGGCGGGGGUGGCGGCGGACCCGGUGUGCUACAACGCCGUGGUGAACGCCUUCUGCUCCCGCGCGCGCGUGGACGAGGCGCUCACUGUGCUGCGGCGCAUGCGGUUCAACGGGUGGGAGCCGACGGCCAGCACGUACAACACGCUCAUCAAAGGCUUCGGCGCCGCCAAGCGCCCGGAAGACGCGGCGAAAGUCGCGGAGAUGAUGGUGGGACGCGCAGGAGCAGCGGCAGGGCGGCGCAAGGGCGCGCGGAGCUGGACGCGGGAGAAGCAGCGGGGGACGGGGAGGGGCGGGGGGGAGGGGAAGGGCGGCGAGUUACGGACGUACAACAUGCUGCUGAACGCGUGGUGCGAGCGCGGCGACGUGGAGCAGGCGCGCGCAGUGCUGCGCGAGAUGCGCGCAGCGGGCGUGGCGCCGGACGCGGUGUCGUACAACACGCUGAUGAAGGCGUAUGGGCGGCUGGGGCGCCCCAACGACUGCGAGCGCGUGCUGCGCGAAAUGGUGAACGCGCUCGUGCGCCCCAACGCGCGCACGUUCGGCAUGAUGGUGCGCGCGCUGUGCGACGUGGGGCGCAUGGCGGACGCGGAGGUGGUGGCGGAGCGCAUGCGCGAGUGGGACGUGGCGCCGAACGCGACUAUCUUCAACACCAUCGUGAAGGGUUACUGCCAGGCCGGCCAGCCGCUCCCCGCCGCGCAGGUGCUGCAGAAGAUGCGGGUGGCGGGCGUGCCCCCCGACCUGGCGUCGUACUGCACGCUCAUGAACGCCUGGAGCACCGCCGCGCGCCCCGACCGCGCGCGCGCCGUGCUGCAGGACGCCAUGGCGGCGGGGCUGGCGCCGGACGUGGAGGCGUUCUCCGUGCUCGCCAAGGGGUACCUGCGCGCAAGGCAGGGGGACGCGGCGGAACGUCUCCUGGACGAGAUGCGCGCGCAGCACGGGGUGGCGCCGAACGUGGUGACGUACACGACGGUGAUGGGCGCGUACUGUAGCAUGGGCGCGCGCAUGGACUCCGCCAUGGCUGUGUACGAGCGCAUGGUGGGCGCGGGCGUGCGCCCCAACGCGUUCACGUUCCGCACGCUCAUCUGGGGCUUCUGUGAGGCGCGCCUGCCCCACCGCGCGGAGGCCGUGCUGCGCCUGAUGGAGGCGGAGGGGGGGGCGGUGGACGCGCGGUGCUACGAGCAGACGAGCCUGGCGUGGCAGUCCGUGGGGCUGUGGCGCGACGCCCAGCGCAUUGCUGCUGAGAAGCGCGACAAGUGUGGCGCGCAGGGCGGAGGGGCGCGGAAGCUGAGCAAGCGCGAGGAGAGGGGGAAGCGGGUGCGGGCGGAAGAGGGUGGGACAGGGGGAGAUAGGAUCAGAGGGGCGGGGGGAGGGAGCAGGGCGGGCGGGGGAGAUGGCAGUGCAGGGCAGACUGGCAGUGUGGGGCAGACUGGCAAUGGGGCGAGCCAUGGCAGCAGCAGUAGUGAGAGCAGUAGAAGUAGUGACGAGAGUGAUGGUCAGGACAGCAGUGGUGAUGGUGAGAGCAGCAGCGGUGAUGGUGAGAGGAUUAGUAUGGAGAGCAACAGCAGGGUUGAGGGUGCAGAGCAGGGGGGCGAGGGCAGCAGCCCUGCAGCAGCACAGGAGGCAGAGGCAGAGGGGAAGGCGGCAGUGAGGGCGAGAAAGGGUGAUAGGGGGGGCAGGGCGGAGGUUGGAUCAGGGGUGGUGAAUGGCAGGGACGCAAAGGGGGCGAGAGGCAGUGUGAGGGGUAGUGGGAGGGGCAGCGGGACUCGCAUAUGGCAAAGACCACAGUCCCUCCCUGUGCCACAACGGGAGGUGGCAACUGGUGCAGGUGCCACCAAGUCAGAGGGCCAGAGGUCCCCUUCAGCCGCCCUGCUGCCGUGUGCUGUUGCUGCCACCCAUGCUCCACCCCUGCCACACCACCGCCACCAUCCCUGGCAGCACGCCCCCCCACCCCAUGCCCACCCCUGUGCUCUCAGCUGGCGUGCAGCCCUCGCAUCUCACCGCACCCUCUCCCUCCCCUACUCACUCUCCCUCACCACACCCCUCACCCUUCCCUCUGCCACGGCUGCUCGCUCCCAGCAUGCCAUGCGCGCCCCCCCCUCGGGUGCACGCAUGCGUGCACCACUGCGGCACCUGUGCUGCACUGCCUGCGCUGUGAACCGGCCCCUCUGUGUGGCCAUCCUGUCUCUGCGCCCAGCGACGCCCCUGCUGCAUGCUCUGAAGCCCCGUGCCUCACACCCAUGCUCCGCCUCUCAUGACUGCAUUCGAUCCACCUUCCUCUUCUCUCCGCACCCACACCAUCCCUCCGACGUGUGCUCGCCCGCAAGCUCACCGCCCUCGGGUCCCGCUCGGCCUUCCGCGCCCAUGUCGGCCUCCGCCCGCCUGCGCGCAUGUGCAGUUGGGAGGGGCGAGGCUUUAGGGGAUGCUGGCGCUGGCGCGCGGAACAGCAACCAGGAGUCCGCCAUUCGGCGCUUGAAAUGGCUAUCCGCGGAUGAUGGACGCCUGCGCGGAAAGCUGAGUGCCGCGGGUAUGCCCCGCCGCUCACUGCUCUCCCCCAAGCGCCAAACGCUGCGCCCCGGAAUGCCGCUCAGCGGACCUCCGCCGAUCGCUCUCCGCGGCACCAGCAGCCAACGCCAAGGGCGCGCGCCCCCCGUGGUGGCACUAGCAGGCAGCAAGUGGCGGCGCAGCGACCAGCCCCCCGUGCGGCUUCCGCCCGUGCUGAGCCCGUCCGCGUCCGCGCUGCUGCGCCAGCUGCGCCAGCAGAAGCUGCGCCGACAAAGAUGGGCGGCGCUGGAGGCGGCUAGCGCGGGGGGAGGGGGAGGCGGAGGGCGGAAGGGCGCGGAGGAGGACGUGGCGGCGGUGCUGCGCGAGCUGCGGCGCAGGGAGGAGUGGCACGUGGUGGCGCAUGUGUACGAGUGGGUGGUGGCGCGAGAGGGGUGGCGCGCGGACGUGUCGGGGUACAACCUGCUCAUGGACGCGUACGCGCGCUCAGGCGCCGCCCCCACUGCUGCGCGCGUCUUCCGCCUCAUGCAGCAGGGGCGCGUGCGCUUCUCCCUCCCACAGACGCGCGGACGGGAGAGGGGGGCGGGGGGAAGGGAGAGAGAUGCAGGGGAGGAAGGAGAGGGAGCAAGGGGAAGAGAGGGUAGAGGGUCGCGGGGAAAGGGGAGAGAGGAGGAGGAUGAAGGGGAGGAAUGGGAGGAAGAGGAGGAGGGGGGAAAGGUGGAGGGGGAGGAGGAGGUGGAGAUGUGGGUGGAGGAGGGAGUGGGCGUGUGUGUGCCCAGUGAGGCGUCAUUCAACGUGGUGCUGGGCGGGCUGUGUCUGAGUGCUACCGCCCCAGUGAGUGCUGCCGCCCCAGUGAGUGCUGCCGCCCCAGUGAGUGCUGCCGCCCCAGUGAGUGCUGCCGCCCCAGUGAGUGCUGCCGCCCCAGUGAGUGCUGCCGCCCCAGUGAGUGCUGCCGCCCCAGUGAGUGCUGCCGCCCCAGUGAGUGCUGCCGCCCCAGUGAGUGCUGCCGCCCCAGUGAGUGCUGCCGCCCCAGUGAGUGCUGCCGCCCCAGUGAGUGCUGCCGCCCCAGUGAGUGCUGCCGCCCCAGUGAGUGCUGCCGCCCCAGUGAGUGCUGCCGCCCCAGUGAGUGCUGCCGCCCCAGUGAGUGCUGCCGCCCCAGUGAGUGCUGCCGCCCCAGUGAGUGCUGCCGCCCCAGUGAGUGCUGCCGCCCCAGUGAGUGCUGCCGCCCCAGUGAGUGCUGCCGCCCCAGUGAGUGCUGCCGCCCCAGUGAGUGCUGCCGCCCCAGUGAGUGCUGCCGUCGCCGCAAUGAGUGGGUGGGCGGCGAAAUGCAGUCUGGUGACGUACAACACGAUGCUGGAGGUGAGGGGGAGGGCGGCGGACGUGGAGGGCGCGGAGGGGCUCAUGCGCACCAUGCGGGGGGAGGGCGUGCGCCCCACUGCCGCCUCCUAUGCGCUGCUCAUGCAUGCCUAUGGCAAGGCGGGCCUGCCCCAGCGGGCGGAGGAGGUGUUUGCAGGGCUGCACGGGGCGGCAGUGCUGCCCACAGUGCCAUGCUUCACGGCGCUGAUAGCGGCGCAUGCACGCGUGGGGCAGUGGCGGGAGGCACAGCGCGCGUACGACAGCAUCGCACUCAUGGGUCUGCGCCCCGACCUGCAUGCCACCACCGCCCUCCUGCACGCCCUCUGCACGGCGGGCGAGGUGGCGCGAGCACGGGGCGUGGUGGAGGCCAUGCAGCGCACCACCGGUGCCGCCCCUCCGCCCUCCUGUGUCACCCCGCUGCUGGCCGCCCUGGCACGGCAGGGACUGUGGACAGAGGCGGAGGAGGUGUAUGCAUCGCUAGCACCAGCAGGCACACCCCCCCCGGUGCGGUGGCAGCACGAGCUGCUGCGCGCCUACGAGCGGGCAGGCCUGCCAGACAAGGUGCAGGCACACCUGACGCUGCUGCGCGGGUGGAAAGGGGGCGAUGGGGCGCGCAGCCAGGAGGGGGAGGGGAGGGACGAUGCAGGGGACGAGGGGAGACGUGGGAGAGGAAGGGGAAAGGGCGGCGAGGGGAAGACGGGGGGACGGGUGGACAGGACAAUGCUGAACUGUCUGGCGGGGGCACAUGGGCACACGGGGGACAGGGCAGGCAUGCAGCGAGUGCUGGCACGCAUGCAUGGGGGCGAGGGGGCGGCAUGGCAUGUGACCUCAUACAACACCGUGCUCGCUGUGCUCGUGCACGCCGCUGACAUGGCGGGCGCUGAGAGGCUCAUGGAUGACAUGCGGGCGGGCGGCGUGGCCCCUGAUGCCGCCACGUGGACCACCCUCAUGGGCGGGUACGCGGAGAAGAAGCUUUUGAGAAAGUGCAUGAGCGUGUUUAGGAAGAUGGUGGCAGCGGGGGUGCGUUGGGAUGCGGGGGCGGUGCGAGUGAUGCUGGUGGCGUGCCGCAGUGGCGAGCAGCAGGAGGAGGUGAGGCAGCUCGUGGAGAGUGUGCUGUGGGCGCAACUGGCGCGGAAGUGGGCCAUGCGGGGGCGGCGGUGGCGGUGGGGCGUGCUGGACGGGUACCUCGCGCGCAGCAUGGCGCGCCCCUUCGCGGUGGCGGCGGGCGUGGCGGCGAGCGUGGGCGUGGCGCUGGGGUCGCUGGCGGAGGUGGCGCGCGUGGCGGCCAACACGGGCGCGCCGCUCCGCCUGGCGCUGCUAGUCGCGCUGCACCAUCUCCCGCGCUUCCUCGCGCUCGCGCUUCCCCCCGCCUGCCUCGCCGCCUCCCUCUUCGCCUUCUCCCACCUCCUGGUGCGCCCCCCGCCCCUUUGCGCCCACACAAUUCCCUCCCCCACUUGCGCCCACAUACGCGCCUACCCCUUGCAUCCGCAUCCCUACCCCUCCCCCUGCAGCGUCGCUCGCAGGUGGCGCGGGGCUGAGUCCCUCAAUUGCAACCCACCUUGUCGCCCUCUCUGCCCCUCUUCCUGUCUGCCCUCCAAAUUCCCCCGGACUGCCCCCCGAUGUCCCCCGAGUGGCGCAGAGCGAGCUGGCGGGCAUGGUGGCGGGGGGGGUGGCGUGGGGCAGGCUGCUGCGCGCGCCAGUGUGUGUGGGCGUGGUACUACCAAUGACCGUGCACCCUCACCACCUCACCCCAACCCUGCACCCCACUCACUCAUCGCCUGCCUGCUCACCCUCCCCUCUCCCCUCCUCUCUCCAUUCACCUCCACGCCACCCCUCUCCCCCCACCAGGCACAGCACCACCAUGACCCCCUCGCACUCCUCCUCGCCCAUCUUCACCCCUCCUCCUCACCACACACCACCAUCGCCUCUCCUUUCGCCGGCAGUGCAGGGGGGGCAGUGGCAGCAGCGGGCAAGGGGGGCGAGGGAAUGGGGGGAGGGGGGGCGGGGCUGUGGCGGGUGUGGUAUGCGGGGGAGGUGGGGGGUGGCACCAUGCGGCGUGUCAUGCUGCUGCACCUCGCGCCUCAGGGGCACGUGCAGGCGGUGGUGGCAGCGGAGCGGUGUGAGUGGCAGCCACACUCGCGCACGUGGCGCCUCCUCAACUGCUGCCUGCUGCCCCUCGCCUCACCCGCCUGCCUGCCACCCACCACCCACACCAUGGCACCACCAUCGCCCCAGCCACCUGCUGAACUGCUCUCCAUCACACCAGCCUCACACAGCGCCGCUACAGCACUACCCUCCUUCUCCCUGCUGCAGCUGGAGUCACUGGACGUGCCACUCGCCUCUGCGCUGCCCUCCUCCUCGCCCCUCGCCUCCCACGCCGCCCUGCCAUCCGCCUGUCUCCCCCGCCACCUCCUCACAGCGCGCACCAGGCACCUGCGCGCGCAGCUCGCAUGGCUGCAGCGCCAGGCACCCCGCAAGGGGCCGAGGUGGGGGGGAAGGGAUGAGCGGGCGGUGGCGGAGCAGCGGCGGCGGGUGGGGGAGCAGCGCAGGAGGGUGGCGGAGGCGGAGAGUGACUUGGUGCUGCGCGAUGCCAGCUGUGCCUCCUGUGUGGCGUAUGCUGUGCUGGGGGCGGUGGCAGUGCUGGUGACAGCGGCCCCUGCCAGCAGGAGGGUCAGCGGCGUGGGGGGCCAGCGCACGGCCAGCAGAGGGGCGCCCUUCCAGCUGGCGCUGCCCCUUGCUGCCGCCUUCCACCUGCUCUCCGCCACCCUCGCUGCUGCUGCCCGCUCCGCCGUCCUGCCCCCCUUCAUCGCUGCGUACCUGCCCCUCCUGCUCGUGCUGCUGCUGCCCCCGGUGCUGCUGGGCUCGCAGGGGGGCAGCGUGGAGACAGAGGCAGGGGUGAGGGUGGGAGUGAAUAACACGGAGGGAAUAGGAGAUGUGAAGAAGGUAUCGUGA